AUGGACAUCAAAGCAUACUUUGAAAGAAUUGGUUAUCAGAAUCCCAGGAACAAACUGGACUUGCAAACAUUAACUGAAAUUCUUCAGCACCAGAUACGAGCUAUUCCCUUUGAGAACUUGAACAUCCAUUGUGGAAAACCCAUGGAGCUGAGCUUAGAGGCCAUCUUUGAUCAUGUUGUGAGGAAGAAGCGGGGUGGGUGGUGUCUCCAGUUAAACCAUCUUCUCUUCUGGGCUCUGACCAUGAUAGGUUUUGAGACCACAAUGUUGGGAGGACGUGUUUAUGUUUCCUCAGCCAGCAAAUAUAGCAACACCAUGCUUCACCUUCUGCUACAGGUGACUCUCAGUGGCCAAAAGUAUAUUGUAGAUGCUGCAUUCCCAUUUUCUUCCCAAAUGUGGGAGCCUCUAGAGUUAAUUUCUGGGAAGGAUCAGCCUCAGGUGCCUGCCAUCUUCCACUUGACAGAAGAGAAUGGAACUUGGUACCUGGACCAAACUAUAAGACAACAAUACGUUCCAAACCAAGAAUUCAUUGAUUCUAACCUUCUUAAUAAGAGCAACCACCGAAAAAUCUACUCUUUUCCUCUUGACCCUCUAACGAUUGAAGAUUUCGAGACUGUGAGUGCAUACUACCAGGUAGCUCCAACCUCUGUAAUGGUAAAUACAUCUCUUUGCUCCCUGCAGACACAAGAAGGGGUUCAUGGAUUAUUGGGCACCAUUAUUGCCCACAAGAAGUUCAAUUAUAAGGACAAUGUAGAUCUGGUAGAGUUGAAGACUCUGAAGGAAGAAGAAGUAGAAGAAGUGCUGAAGCGUAUAUUUGGUAUUCACUUGGAGACAAAGUUUGUGCCCAAACAUGGUAAUGAUGCUUUUACAUUUUAGGGGGGAAGGUCUUCAGUGUAUAUGUAUAUAUUUUUUCAUGAUUAAAAAAACAAUCAAAUUAUGCAAAUUAGGUGACAGUUUAAUAAACCCUGAGUCAGUACAAAGUUCAUCAAUGUCUGUCCCCUACAUUAUGUUAAGAAAAUCCUAGACAUCAAAUUCCUUUUCUUAUAAAA